UCGCCUGUGAUUCUGAGAGGAGAAUGAAUGGUCAUGUAAAGAGCAUGCGUUUUCAAAAGUUUAUGGAACCAGCUACAACUUUACUCUCUUUCCUGCUGGUUAUGGCGGUUCAUUCAACAAGAACUGUGGAAGCAAGCAGAAACCAGCGUGGUGGGGAUUCACUGCAGCAGGCUUUGGCGCUAUCCAGACUCGUACAGAAGGACUCUGCCGACCUAAUCAAAACAUAUAAAGCCUCUCAAGGAGAACUACCAGACUUCUUCUGCAAGGGGCCAGUUAAUGAUGUCCCCGACCCCAACAUCUCCGGCCUGGAGCCCUCAGAGAAGCUACUGAGCGUCUACACACAUCUCCAAGACUUCUUCCCGCAUUUAAAACGGGUGUACGAGCAGCAGACGGACUUACAGUCACCCGAUAGCCCACUGCUGAUAGUCUUCCCCCGUUUGAGGGCUAACAGCAGGAACCUCGCAACUCUCAUAAACAAUUCCUAUCAGAGCCUCUUCCCAAACCUGCCAGUACCAGAGCCAGCAGGAGGGCCGACAACACUACCUCCACCUCAGAACGUAUUCCAGCAGAAGAUCUACGGCUGUGUGGUCCUGAAGACCUACAAGCAGUUGCUGUCGAAUGUUUCUCGAGAGCUGAGGACUCUGAAGAACAAAUUUUGAAGGAGGAGGAUACAAAUAUACACACUCCUCUGAAGAUGACCUAAGGCUGGCCUUAGACAGUCAGAAUUAAAGACUUUAAAAGAUAAGUGAGUAUGAAGGUGGCUGGUACAUCAGUGUAAUGAAGCCUAUUUAUGGUAUUUAAUAAUUAUAAUUUUAUAAUUUAACAAUAAUAUUUAUUUUCUUGUUUCCAAUAAGAGGAAUGCUGUUAAAGAUCAAGAGUGUGAAAGUAUCUCUAUGCAGGUUAUGUAUAUUUAAGUUGUCUUAUAUGUUAUGUAAGGUUCUACUUCACUGAUGUAUUAUUAUGAUCAUU